UGGUGAAAAUUCGGUUUGUCAAGCAUCCAAAGCAUUGGAAAAUCAGUGCGGAUCAUAUACGUAUACUGUUGUUAAGCCAUUGCUUGACUAUAUACAUCAGUUGAAAGAAGAAAUGAGUAAAAGCGAAUGCAAAGAUACAGAAACAAUGGUUUUACGGGCAAAAUUGGAUCCACUUCAGGAACUGGUCGACUCGUAUAAAAACCAAAUUCAAGAUCUAAAAGCACACGUUGAAGAUUUACGCGAAUCUCUAAGAUUUUGCAAGGGAAGAACGACAACCAAAGAUAGCGAUUCAACGACUAGCAAUGAUCUUAAGAAUCAGAAAAGUAAUACCCGCAUUCAAUCGAAAUUAUAUGAUCUGGAUUUAAAGGACACGGACAAAGCAAUUGCGGGGACUUCUUUUUCUAGAAGUUGUCUUGACUUUGAAGAAUCCUCGGAUAUUCAUCAAAUUUCUGUUCCUGGAAUUGUUCCAUUCAAUGUUCUAUGUGACGCUACGAUAGCUGGACCUGGAUGGACAGUUAUUCAGCAGCGAGUUAAUGGAAAAGUUCAUUUUUACAGAGAUUGGGCCUCAUAUCGUAAAGGGUUUGGUUCCUUUGACGGUGACUUUUUUCUUGGUCUAGAAAAGAUUCAUCGGUUGACGUCCAACAGUCGUCAUGAUCUCUACAUUCAUAUGGAAAAAUUCGAUGGAUCCACCAUGUAUGGCCAUUACGACAACUUCAAAAUUGCUGGCGAGGAAGAUCAUUACAGACUUAUCAGCUUGGGGAAAUGCUCUGGUACCUCAAGGUAUGAUGCAUUGAGAAGUCAUGAGCACAAGAAAUUUACCACGUUCGAUAAUGAUAAUGACGAAUGGCCUGAAGGAAAUUGUGCAAUCUUUAGUGGUUCCGGAUGGUGGCACGACCAUUGCGUCAAUACUAAUUUAAAUGGAAAAUACUUUAAUUCUGAAGUUCAAAAUGAGCAAAGCAUAUUCUGGGAGAACAAAACUUCGCUGAAGAAAGUUAAAAUGAUGAUACGCCCGAGAGGGAAUUAAAUGUCUUGCAAAUUAUAUUAUAUUAUAGUAAACUGUUUGGCGCUACCAUUUCUUUAAGACUUUAAACAGCCAUUACUGCCGUUCUAUCUGACCGAUCUUAUUGCAUUAAAUAGUUUAACAAAUAAUAAUAAUUUAAGGAAUUAUCUGCGAAGGGCUUACAGAAGUCGGUGUGCCACAUUUGUGUUGCCACACUAUUUGUUUUCACAAGUUGCUAAAUUAAUAUUAUACCAUUUGCAAUUGAUUUAAUUAAGAAAAGAGAAUUCAACUUAAAAAUCUUGAUUGUUAUUGCCAUAUAUUGUUCUUCCCCCUCUUUUAAAAGUCUCGUGAUACGUUCAAAGUUCUUCUUUUCUUUUGAAAUGUAAAUUUUAAUAUCUUUUUCUGUUUAGUCUGGCACUUAAGAGCUUUAUUAUUUACGAUUAUUUAGCAUUUCUGUUUUCAGUUUGGUAAUAAACAAAUAAUGCUUAAUGUGCAUGCAAUCAUAAA